AUGGCCGAGAGGAAUUCUGAAGUACUUGAAGCUUCGACAUCGAUAUCAACCACACCUGCAUCUGCCUCGGCAAAACAAGCUCCUGCCACUACUCGCGCAGCACAGCAUAAAAGAUCUUGGAGUGGGUGUGCGAGGUGUAAAAAACGGAGGCAGAAAUGCGAUGAGAAUAGACCAGAGUGUGGGAGGUGUAAAGCUGCUAAUGUGGAAUGUGUUUAUGAGGUCAAGUUGAGAUGGGGAGGGAGAGCGUUCGGUCAAUCGAGGUUUGGAGCGUGCAUUUCUGAUACUACGACGGCUUCGAAAGACAAGGUCAAGAAACUUGGAAGUGUGGAUAAGGGAUUCAUCUAUACUGUCAACAGCUUCCAGGUUCAGCCUCAGCCUCCGAGGGUUACUGCACCUCCAGCUCCUGCGGUACAGGAAGCGAUACCUGUUGAGCAGUUUCUUGGAGAGCCAGACUUGCACGACUUACCACCACUUGAUCUGGAUCUGGACGACUCUUUGGCCUUGGUUUCUACAACCUCACCUGAUGGUAUACAACUGGACGACUACGACAUCGACUUCUUCCCGUUAUUCACACCAGUCGACCCAUUCGUCAAUCUUGGAACACUAGACCGCUCUCUACUGGACCACUUCAUCAACGGAACCUCACACGUCAUCUCCUGCCACUCCAAAGUCCAAGAAGACGUCUGUCGAGUAAUCGUCCCAGCAGCAUUACAAAGUCCGACCCUCUUCUACGCCACCGCAGCUCUAUCAGCCAUCCACCACAAAUCACGACAAGGCUUCGACAGCAACACCCUCCGUCAAGAUCCCCUAAUCUCUCGCCUCCUAACCAAUAGUCUCUUCGGUCUUCAAAGCGAUCUUCUGGAAAAAGACGUCAAUAAAAGUAGUGUCCUCCUCGCCACAAUCCGCACACUCUUCCUCUGUGAAGUUCACGCCGGCGGCGACAGACCCGGAACCUGGCGCGCUCAUUUCGAAGGCGCAAAAGCUUUGAUGCUGGAUAUAGAGUCCUGGCAAGGCUACUCUUCGAAACAACGAGACAGCACGAGAUAUUUUUUGAAACGCUGGUACAACAUGACCGAAUCCUUUGUAGCGCUCACGACAGACGGCCUCGCCUCUGGCCAAUUGGCGAGAUUUGGCCACCCACGCACCCUCGACGGCGAUGAAGAGGAAAAAGUCUAUCUCGACGAAUACGCAGGUUUCGCCACAGAUCUGACACCCAUAUUCCGGGAAAUCGGCGCGGCGGCUUGGGAACGACGGAAUGACAUUCAACCCACCAUCCUCGAAGAGGGAGAUCUAGACGAGGAAGCUGCGUCACUUGCAACUUGCAUCUGGACAAGAUUGGACGAAGCCAAAAUCGCACCCCCCAGAUUUCGCCCCGGAGUCGAGGAACAGCUGUCGUCACGCCAAAAAGCGGAUUUCUUGUGCUGUAAUGAGAUUUGGCAUCAUAUGGCAUUGAUCUACAUAUACCGCCGCAUCUCCAACCACUCUGCUUUUUCACCGCCAGUGCAGAGUUCCGUACGCACGAUCCUCUGCUGUAUAGAGAGUUUGACUGCUACUCCUGGCUUGACUCCUCUAGUGGUAAUGACGACACCUUUGUUUGCCGCUGGAUGUGAAGCUCAAGGGGAAGAUAGGGAUAGAGUGAGGAGGUUAUUGCAAAAUAUGUUUGAGUUGCUGCAUAUCCCUAAUAUCCAUCGGAGUCUGGAAGUGUUGGAGAGUUUUUGGGCUAGUACGGAGAGGGGGGAAGCGCAUGAUUGGGAUAGCUUCAUGCAUGAUCAGAAUUGGGAUUUCUUGCCAUAUUGA